CGGAUCGUGUUUAUCGAAUGUAACAGAUUGAACCAUGCGGUGGGCUAUACCACUGGUAGUGCUCGUGUUGGGUGCCUGUGCCCAAGAGAAACCAUCACCGAAACCAGUGGGUGUAGUGUACUUUAUUAGUUUUAUUAAUGAACCCAAAGAUGAACCCGAAUCAAUAGAAGGAAUCAGCAAUGAAAUCCCGGAAAAUUCCGAAAGGAAAAUCCAGCCCGGAAUUUUGUUAGUACAACCCAUUCCGGACACUGAGGCUUUGAGUGAUGGGGUUUACUUCCGGCCUGCGGACGGAAAACCUCUUGAAAAACCGGAAAAACUGACAACACUUUCGCGCCAAAGACGUACAACUUAUGGGAAAGGUUCCUACGGUAAAGGGGGCGGUAUUGGGGGCGGCGGUGGCGCCGGAUUCGGCGGCGGAUUUGGCGGAGGAUUUGGAGGAGGAGGAGGAGGUGGAGGCGGAGGCGGAGGAGGAGGUUUUGGAGGCGGCGGGGGCCUCGGUACUGGUGGACUUUUAGCUGGACUUUUGAGUAAAGGAUUAGGAGGCGGCGGUGGCAUUGGCGGCGGCGGAGGAGGAGGAUUUGGUGGAGGCGGCGGUUUAGGAGGUGGUGGCGGCCAUAGCGGCGCUGGAGGAAUUGGCGGAGGCCACAGUGGCGGUUAUGGAGGAGCAGGAGGAAUCGGAGGCGGCUACGGUGGUGCAGGAGGACUUGGUGGAGGAUAUGGAGGAGCUGGAGGCCACGGAGGCGGAAUAGAAGGUGGGGGCGGUCAUGGAGCAGGUCUAGGAGGAGGUGGCUCUGGUGGUUAUGGCGGUGGACACCUUGGAGGAGGAGAACUUGGAGGCGGAGGAGGAGGAAUAGGAGGCGGCGGUGGAGGAAGCAGUGCUACUAGUAGCGCCACCAGCAGUAGUGGUAGCUUCGGGGGCGGCAAAGGCGGCGGCAUUGGCGGGAUAGACGCCGGUUUUGACGGUUCAGGUCUUGGUGGCGGUGGCGCAGGACUUGGCGGCGGUGGAGGAGGCGGUUUUGGCGGCGGCAAAGGCGGAGGAUUUGGUGGAGAAGGUGGAUAUGGAGGAUCCGGUGGAUUGGGUGGCGGUAUUGGAGGCGGCAAAGGCGGAGGAUUUGGUGGAGCAGGCGGGAUUGGCGGAAGUGGAGGAUAUGGAGGUUCUGGAGGAUUAGGCGGAGGAAUUGGGGGCGGCAAAGGAGGUGGUUUUGGAGGCGGCAAAGGAGGAGGUUUCGGUGGCGGAAUCGGAGGGGGUGGAGGACUUGGCGGCGGUAUUGGAGGAGGCGGAGGUCUAGGAGGCGCUGGGGGAGGUUAUGGCGGACAUGGAGGAGAAGCGGGCUUUGGAGGAGGCGAGGGAGGAUUCGGAGGUGGCAAAGGCGGUAGCUUUGCCUCAAGUCAAGCGUCGGCGUCGGCGUCAGCAACAUCUUCCAGUUUUGGAGGAGGACACGGCAGCUAUGGUAAAUAAUUGAAAUAGUCCUACAAUCAAUUGUGUACUCAUAUUUUUGUAUUGUAAAAUUGUACUGAUAUAAGAUAAAAAAUAAACGUAAUAAAAAAUA